UCCCUCUCCGAUUGGUUGUGGAGGGUUCAGACCGGAAGGGUCGCCAUUGAUCCUACAGCUCCAGCCGCCCAAGCCCGCCCCCCUCGGGUUGCCGUGGAAGCAGGCCCGGCCCGCCCUCUAGCUGUCUGACAGCAAGACAGAGCCGAGGGAAGUAGGUCCGUUGGUCGGUCGGGAACGAGGCUCUGGCUGCCGGGCCCGCGCAGAGCCGUUGCCAUGGCAGCCGCCGCCGGGGACGCGGACGACGAGGCUCGCUCGGGCCGCUCGAGCUCCGAUGGCGAGUGCGCGGUGGCGCCGGAGCCGCUAACUGGCGCCGAGGGCCUCUUCUCCUUUGCAGACUUUGGGUCUGCGCUGGGCGGCGGCGCAGGCCUCCCGGUCCGGGCGUCCAGCGCGGCCCAGUCCCCUCUGCGUUACCUUCAUGUCCUGUGGCAGCAAGACGCGGAGCCGCGGGAUGAGCUGCGCUGUAAGAUCCCCGCUGGCCGGCUGAGGCGCGCCGCCAGGCCCCACCGCCGGCUCGGGCCCACGGGCAAGGAGGUGCACGCUCUGAAGAGGCUGAGGGACUCAGCCAAUGCCAAUGAUGUGGAAACAGUGCAGCAGCUGCUAGAAGAUGGUGCAGAUCCCUGUGCAGCUGAUGACAAGGGCCGCACAGCUCUCCAUUUUGCCUCCUGCAAUGGCAAUGACCAGAUUGUACAGCUGCUUCUAGACCAUGGGGCUGAUCCUAACCAACGAGACGGGCUAGGAAAUACACCACUGCACCUGGCUGCCUGCACCAACCAUGUCCCUGUCAUUACUACACUGCUACGAGGAGGGGCCCGUGUAGAUGCCCUGGACCGAGCUGGCCGCACACCCCUACACCUGGCCAAGUCAAAGUUGAACAUCCUUCAGGAAGGCCACUCCCAGUGCCUAGAAGUUGUACAGCUGGAAGUGAAGCAGAUCAUCCACAUGCUGAGGGAGUACCUGGAGCGCCUAGGGCAGCACAAACAGAAAGAACGGCUGGAUGACCUCUGUACCCGCCUUCAGAUGACAAGCACCAAAGAGCAGGUGGAUGAAGUGACUGAUCUCCUGGCCAGCUUCACCUCCCUCAGUUUGCAGAUGCAGAACAUGGAGAAGAGGUAGCAAGAAAGGCUCCCUGCCUUCUUGUUCUGCCUCUGCCCUCCUGCUUCCACUGCUCUCUCAUUAUAAAGAAAAAGCCCAACGUCUGGGACUUUGGAGCUAUACUUAUACUUGUUUGGUGAGGACCUUGCCAUCAUCCUCAGAUGCUGUGGGGCAAAGACAUUCUCUCCACAACCUCAGAGCCACUGCCAACCACAAUCUCCAUCACCUCUGGCGUGGGACGCCAGCCCCCAGCUUCUUCCUCCAUUCCCACAGCACUAGGCCAGCUUCUGCUGCCACAGUUGAGCUCUGGCCAAUUUGCACUGUCCUAGCAGCCUCACCUACCCCAUGGCCUCCAUGGCACCCUCACUAGGACCCAGACCCUUCUCUGUAUUCUCCUUGGUCCUGGGCUUGUUACAGCCAACAGGAUGGGCUAAGGCAAGCACCCUCUGGCCAAGGGAACUGCCAUGGGGGCCUCGUCGCUGGCCCUGUACCUGUCACCAGCACUUAGAUGUAGACUUCUCACCUCUAGACUUUCAAGGAGACCCUGCAGUGAGUUUCUCUGGUUGGAAAGGGAGGGUUGGUAAAGCCUAGACCUUAAAACACAAGGUCAGGAAGGAAGGAACGACCCCUAAGGAAAAAAUCCCAACCCUUUUUCUCUCAGUCAUUGAAACACUAGGAGGGUGUAAUAGGUUUGCAGCCUAGUUGUAGUAGGCUGUUGGUGUUCCCCCACCCCAAGAUAUCUAUGUCCCAAUCCUAGGAACCUGUGAUCAUUACUUUAGAGGGCAAGAGGGGCUUUGCAGAUGUUAAUUACAUUAAGGAUCUUUAGCCAGGGACAUGAUCCUGGAUUAUCCAGGUGGGCCUGAUUUAAUCCCAGGGAUUCUUUUAAGAGCAAAGCAGGAUCUGAGAGGAGGUAGGAGAUACAGUGAUGGUAGCAAGAAGAUAGAGUAAUUCCAGGAGGGGUCACAAAUCAAGGAAUGCAGGCUGCCUCCAGAAGCAAAGAAAUGGGUUUUCCCCUCAGAACUUCAAAAAGGUGCCAGCCCUCAAUGAGACUGAUUUUGGAAUUCAGGCCUCCAGAACUGUAAGGGAAUAAAUUUGUGUUGUCUUAAGCC